CGCCGCCGCCGCCGCCGCCGGCUCCCGCCGCCCGGGCCCGGCCGGCCGCGCCGGGGGCCGCCGCGCUCGCCCGCCUCCCGCCGCGAGGUCGCCGCAGACAUGGACACCAAACAUUUCCUGCCGCUCGACUUCUCCACCCAGGUGAACGCCUCUUCCCUCAACUCCCCACGGGGCGCGGCCCCAUGGCCGCCCCCUCGCUGCACCCCUCCCUGGGGCCCGGCAUCGGCUCCUCGCUCAGCUCCCCGGGACAGCUGCACUCGCCCAUCAGCACCCUGAGCUCCCCCAUCAACGGCAUGGGCCCGCCCUUCUCGGUCAUCAUCCCCAUGGGCCCCCACUCCAUGUCCGUGCCCACCACACCCACCUUGGGCUUCGGCACCGGCAGCCCCCAGCUCAACUCGCCCAUGAACCCCGUCAGCAGCAGCGAGGACAUCAAGCCCCCGCUGGGCCUCAACGGUGUCCUCAAAGUCCCGGCCCACCCCUCAGGGAACAUGGCGUCCUUCACCAAGCACAUCUGUGCUAUCUGCGGGGACCGCUCCUCAGGCAAGCACUACGGGGUGUACAGCUGCGAGGGCUGCAAGGGCUUCUUCAAGCGGACGGUGCGCAAGGACCUGACCUACACCUGCCGGGACAACAAGGACUGCCUGAUUGACAAGCGGCAGCGGAACCGGUGCCAGUACUGCCGCUACCAGAAGUGCCUGGCCAUGGGCAUGAAGCGCGAAGCUGUGCAGGAGGAGCGGCAGCGGGGCAAAGACCGGGCUGAGAACGAGGUGGAGUCCACGAGCAGCGCCAACGAGGACAUGCCAGUGGAGAAGAUCCUGGAGGCCGAGCUGGCCGUCGAACCCAAGACCGAGACGUACGUGGAGGCAAAUGUGGGGCCGAACCCCAGCUCGCCCAAUGACCCUGUCACCAACAUCUGCCAAGCGGCCGACAAGCAGCUCUUCACCCUGGUGGAGUGGGCCAAGCGGAUCCCGCACUUCUCUGAGCUGCCCCUGGACGACCAGGUCAUCCUGCUGCGGGCAGGCUGGAACGAGCUGCUCAUCGCCUCCUUCUCCCACCGCUCCAUAGCCGUGAAGGACGGCAUCCUCCUGGCCACCGGGCUGCACGUCCACCGCAAUAGCGCCCACAGCGCGGGGGUGGGCGCCAUCUUUGACAGGGUGCUGACGGAGCUGGUGUCCAAGAUGCGGGACAUGCAGAUGGACAAGACGGAGCUGGGCUGCCUGCGCGCCAUCGUCCUCUUCAACCCCGACUCCAAGGGGCUCUCAAACCCGGCCGAGGUGGAAGCGCUUCGCGAGAAGGUCUACGCGUCCCUGGAGGCGUACUGCAAACACAAGUACCCCGAGCAGCCAGGAAGGUUUGCCAAGCUGCUGCUUCGUCUGCCGGCCCUGCGCUCCAUCGGCCUCAAGUGCCUGGAACACCUCUUCUUCUUCAAACUCAUCGGGGACACGCCCAUCGACACCUUCCUCAUGGAGAUGCUGGAAGCCCCGCACCAAAUGACUUAGGCCCGUGGCCCGUCCUUCGCACCCGCUGGUCCGGCCGCCCCGCCCGGCUGCCAGCUGCUCUUCUCAGCCGAGCCUGUCCCGCCCCUCCUCUGCCUGGCUGUUUGGACUUGGGGGCGUGGCCUGUCACUGCUAAGCCUGAGAUGUGCUACCACCCUCGUUAUUUUCAGUACUACUCGACUGGACCGGGCAGUGGCCAUGCUGGGGUGGCAGCCGGAGUGGCAGGAACUGGUGUGAGCGCCGGGGGAGCCCGGGCGGCUCACGGGGUCUCAGGCCCCCGUCCCCGGAGCUACAGUGGUCAGAGGGUGGCUUUGUUGCGUCACUGUUUUGUUGUCGCUGGGUUUGGAAGUAUCCCGCGCGAGGUCCUCUGUUCGCAGGGAGCCCUCUGCUUCCUGUGUGUGCUGGCAACCUGCCAGCCCGGCCUCACCCACAAUCGGGAGGAGGGGACAGGUGCGGGGGGGGGGGGGGUUGGCAUUUCAUUGCAAAAGACCCCACGUGCCCCCUGGGAGGACGGGAGGGGCUCUGGGGCAAGCAGCCUUGUCUCCCCUCAGAAUGAAGGGUGAGCAACCCGUUUCCAAAGAUGACUUUCAACUUUGUCCCCGAGCCAAUCAGAACAGAAGCUGACCUCUGUGCAGGGUUUGGGGGCCACCUCAAGGCUGCAGGGGCUGGAGUCAGCUGCCCACCCCACCCCACCCCUCCUCAUUUCUCUCUUUGCAUCGUCCUGGUUUCAGCUUCUUCUCCCACAUGGUCCUGUCCAGCCCUGGGUAACCAACACCCCCCCCCCCCCAAAUCUUCCAGUCUGUGCAGAGGGCCAAGGCUGACCCCACUCCCCAGUCCUGGAGGGCUAGCCUGGUCUCUGGCCCUCCUGGAAGCACUGGGGGGGCCAUGCCGACCUGGGCUCUGCUGACCUCUCAAGGGCAGAGGUCACCACCAAGGAGGUCCACAGGGACGGGAGGAGAGGAGAGUCACUUUCCCCAGAGGGUCCUCGGGCAGCUGUGCACGUUGAAGGAGGGACUUGUGGGCACAUGGCUCGGGAGAGGGGGCAGAUGGUCCGUUCUGGAGCGCUCUGGGUAGAGAGGCCCCUUCGCUGGCUGUUCUGUCCAGAGGACUCUUGGGGUCAGGAACCGUUGAGUGCCAGCACCCUUGGGCCGGGGCUGGGUGCCCCUCAGGGACAGCCAGCCCGGCUGUUGUCUUGGCCGGCUGAUGGAGCACUUUGUGGGAGCUCCAUCAACACCUGCUCUGGUUGAGGGCACCCCACCCAGCCCACCCCACCCAACCCUGCACCGGCCCCUGAACCUUUCACCCAGCCCAGGCAGGCAGGCCCUCUGCCCCUGGGGCAGGGGCGGGGGUGGGGUCUCUCAGGUUGAACUGGCCUCUUUUGCACUGUAAUGCCCUCCCUUUGGUCCGAGUACUUUCCAUUUUCACGCCUCGUACUCCCUGAACCCAGCAUUUGUCAGUCGUGGGGGCCUGAGCCGGGCCGGGGGGCCGGGGGUAGGGGUUAGGGAGGAGUCCUGUCUUCUCAGCCCAUCAGGGGGAUGCCUGUCUUCUUCCCGCCGCUCCCCACCAGAGAGGCCCCAGAGCGGGGGUGGGCGUGGGGGCUGUGGAUGCCCUCCCCCCAAGUCUGUUCCCCCAGGUGCUGCAAGGGUGCCCCUGGGGCUGGAAGGGGAGAGGCCGGCCUCCAGGCCUCUAGGGAGGAGGGAGUCCAUUCUUUGCCCUCCAGAGUCUGGCCCGAGCUCAGCGUGAGGCACCUGGGCAGAGGGUGUGGAAGCUUCCACAAACACGUCCUUUCUCUGGCACCCCACCCCGCCCUUAACUUGGUGGCCCAGGCGAGGCGUCCCCUGCCACACAGGCACCCCCAGCCCCGUCCACCAUCUGAGGCAGAGACGGGGCGAGCCCACACCUACCUAGUUGUCCCUCUUCCCAGACUCUCCCUGCAAGCCUUGGCAGCCUUUGGGGGCGUGCUUGUGUCAGGCAGAGGGACGCCGGCACCCUCAGGGGUCUCCCUCUGGGACCCCCUCCCCCUGGGAACGUAGACCGCCCCCCGGCCCACCACCCUGGUGCCUUCCGCAGCCAGAUGCACCCUGUCCGCACCCAGCCCCCUCCCGCUCCCCUGGACCCCUCGGGAACGUGGAGGCUCCAGUGGGGAGAAGCCAGGAUGGGCGCUUUGCUGGGGGGUCGGCCUCGUGGGCGGGCUGCCCGUAAGGCACUGAGGUCCCCAGGCCACCCCCUCCCAAAGCCAGAGAUCCCCUGGCCCCUCGCCACUCAGCCUUCCGUGGCCCCGCCGGCACGGCAGCAUCUUGGGCUCUUGGGGCUGCCAUUUCGUCUUCUCCUCGGUCCGCUGUCAUCGAUGUUGUCAUGCAGUGCUGUUUGUUUGAAAGAUGAUGGUGGGGAAACGGCACAUUACUCAGUAGAGAGGUAGGAUUUUUAUUUAACCAGACCUUCAGUAGUAUUACCAAUCUGGUUCAACUAAGGUGAUUUUUUGUAAUUAUUAUUAUUAUUAUUAUUAUUUUGGUGGGACAAUCUUUAAUUUUCUAAAGAUAGCACUAACAUCAGCUCAGUAGCCAUUCCAGUGCCCGUCCCCGCCUGCUGGGCGCUUCCGGCAUGUCCCCUCCCUGCUUGGACAUCAGAUGGGGCUCCCGAGGCCGAGGAGUGAAGAUGACCGCUCCCCGGGUUUGGAAGGUGUUGGCAGAGCCAGACUCCGACUCGUUCCCCGUCAGGCGUCUCCUCGGAAGCUGGCCUGCCCGGGAAGGUCCGCCCAGAUGGCUCCCGGGUCAGCCCCUGGCCCUCUUGUCCCCUGGGGGGGAAGAUGUCGCCACACUCUCGGUGUUCCGGAAGGAUUCGGGCUGGCAGGCCGGUGGCCAGUGCUGGAGGCCAUGCCGAGCUUCCUCCUCCGUGGGGGCCCCUGGGGGGGGCCCGGCCGGAACGUGCAGCUAGUGGGUAAUCAGCUGAUGUUGUCCCCAUCGCGGAAUUCGGUCCCUGCCCACGCAGGUGUGUGGUAUACAAUGUACAUGCUGUACAGAGACCCUGUGUGCACAGACCUGCUCGCCAUCCACACACGUGUACCAGUUCCCAGCGUUUUCUGUUUAUUUUUAAUCAAGACUUUCCUCCCCCCCCAACCCCCCGUUUUCCUACAGAUUUGCUUCAUGUAAGCAAGUACGUAAGGACCCCUCCUUUGGUGAAAUCCGGGUUCGAAUGAAUUAUCUCGUGGCAAGGAGAUGCAUCUAUUUUAAGAUGCUUUGGUGCAAACAGGUUUAGCCGUUCCCAGUCCUUAGAAUGCCUUAGCCGGGAUGCGUAGCUCACACUUAGAGAGGAUGACACAUACACACAGAGAAAAGAGAUGUCUAAAGCAUCGGGAAAGGUAGAAAAAAAUCUAUUUUUGUACAAAUGUAAUUUUAUCCCUCAUGUAUACUUGGAGGAUGUGGCGGGGAGGGGGGACUUGUUUUGUUUCUGCUUCUAGAGAUUGAGGUGAAAGCUUUCUGAGUCAACGUUGGGACGCAAGGCGGAGCGGAGGAGGGAGCUCUCGGGACGGGGCACGGGCUUCAGACGAAACCGCGGCACGUAGAUGUUUUCUUUCUGGGGCAGGAAGGUGGGCCUGAAACUUUCAAGGGUUUUCUUCCCCUUUCGAGUAAUUUUUAAGCCUUGCUCUGUUCUGUCCCUGUUGCCAGCUGGCCUUCCCGAGACUCUGACUGUGAAAUUACUUCCCCACGUGAUUGUUCUCGAAAACUUCGCGGCCGCAGGUGCCGGGGAUUCACGAACAAUGGUGUUAGAAUUGUGGAAAAGAGAAACUCAAAGCCAAACGUGAGAGGAGAAACAAACAAAACAUGAGUGUUUAAAAAUA